GCCCGCUGCCCGCCCGGCCCGGCCCGGCGCCCGCCGCAGCAUGGCCUGGAACACCAACCUCCGCUGGCGGCUGCCGGCCACCUGCCUGCUCCUGGAGGUGGCCAUGGUGGUCCUCUUCGGCGUGUUCGUGCGCUACCAGCCCGACGCCGACGCCCGCUGGACGGAGGACAAGCUGUCCAGGAACGUCACCAGCGACCUCGACAACGAAUUCUACUAUCGCUACCCGAGUUUCCAGGACGUGCACGUGAUGAUCUUCGUGGGCUUCGGCUUCCUCAUGACCUUCCUGCAGCGCUACGGGUACAGCUCCGUGGGCUUCAACUUCCUGCUGGCGGCCUUCGGCAUCCAGUGGGCGCUGCUCAUGCAGGGUUGGUUCCACUCCUUCCAUCAAGGCUACAUUCUAAUCGGCGUGGAGAACCUCAUCAAUGCGGACUUCUGCGUGGGCUCUGUCUGUGUGGCCUUUGGGGCAAUUCUGGGCAAAGUCAGCCCUGUCCAGCUGCUCAUCAUGACUCUCUUCCAAGUGACCCUCUUCUCAGUGAAUGAGUUCAUUCUCCUCAGCCUGCUGGAGGUGAAGGAUGCAGGUGGCUCUAUGACCAUCCACACAUUCGGCGCCUACUUUGGGCUCACAGUGACCUGGAUCCUCUACCGACCCAACCUCUAUCAGAGCAAGGAGAGGGAGAGCUCUGUGUACUACUCGGACCUGUUUGCCAUGAUUGGCUCCCUCUUCCUGUGGAUGUACUGGCCCAGCUUCAACUCAGCUGUGUCCAACCACGGAGAUGCCCAGCACCGAGCUGCCAUCAACACCUACUGCUCCUUGGCAGCCUGCGUGCUCACCUCGGUGGCCCUGUCCAGUGCCCUGCACAAGAAGGGCAAGCUGGAUAUGGUGCACAUCCAGAAUGCCACGCUCGCAGGAGGGGUGGCCGUGGGGACCGCUGCAGAGAUGAUGCUCAUGCCUUACGGCUCCCUCAUUGUCGGCUUCAUCUGCGGCAUCAUCUCCACCCUGGGUUUUGUGUACCUGACGCCAUUCCUGGAGUCCCGGCUGCGGAUCCAGGACACAUGUGGCAUUCACAACCUGCACGGCAUUCCUGGCAUCAUAGGUGGCAUUGUGGGUGCUGUGACAGCGACCUACACCAGCAGCGAGGUGUAUGGACAGGACGGGCUUGUCCAUACCUCUGGAUCAAAAGGUUUCAAGCCUAACUGGACCUCACGCAUGCAGGGCAAGUUCCAAGCUGCUGGCAUCUUUGUGUCUCUGGCCAUGGCCCUGGUGGGUGGCCUCUUCGUGGGGCUCAUUUUGAAAUUGCCAAUCUGGGGACAACCUUCUGACGAGAACUGCUUUGACGAUGCGGUCUACUGGGAGUUGCCUAAGGAACCGAAAGACGGUGCAGUCCAUCCUGAGGACCCCACCUUCAAGCCCUCAGAACCUUAAACUCCCAGGGCAGGUGAGAAGCAGGCUCCAGACUGACCCGCACUCCGGAAGGAGCCAGAGCCAGUGCUGACCAAGCUGGGAACACAAGCGCGAGGCGAGCAGCACCCCACUUGCUGGGGGUCCCAGGCGCUGCAGCUCUCCUUUCCUCUUCAUCCCAGGGAGCCUGGCUGAGAAUGGAGGAGGAGGAGGUGUAGACAAUGUGGGCAUCCACGCCGGGUCCUGGCUGCAGGAGGCCUGCCCCCAGGGGUCUUGGUGGCCACCUUCUGAGAAAAGCAGGCCAGAGUGGGGCAGGACCCGAGACCUCUGAGACCACUUGGCUGCCAGCCACCAGUUGCUGGGUCUUGCACUCUCUGCCUGCCUCUCAGCCAGCUCCUCCCAUGCUCCCCCUGUCAUGCGGAUGGCAGCCUCUGUGAAUAAACAAACAUUCUUGGUGUUCCUUGUA